ACAUGGCGGAUGAGGAAACGAAAACAUUCGCUGAGGAUACAAACAUAAGUGAUUUGCAAGUUAGUGAUGUGUUUAUCAAUGGAAAUUCAGAUAACGAGUCAAAAAAUGAAAGUGCUAAUGAUCAAGAAAAUUUGGAUACUUUAUCAUGCGAUAAAACUAUUCCGCGGAAGAGCAGUUUCAUGAAUAAAGAUGGAUCCCGUCGGAAUCAUAACAGGAAAAAGACAGUGUCGUUUAGUAGCAUGCCCACAGAGAGAAAAAUUGCAACUGCUCAAGACUGUUUAUCGUACAUGGAAGCAGGUAGUGAACUGAUAAAAGUGCGGUCAAACAGCCGGCAGUACCACCGAAUUUUCUCCCUGAACCCAGAUAUGACAGAGGUCAGAUGGCAACCUACAUCUAAGAAACCUCACAAAGCAAGAAUUCCUGUUGCUACCAUUAAAGAAGUACGAAGCGGGAAAACAACAGAUGCAUUGAAAAACAAAGAAAUUGCUGGAAUUUAUCCAGAUGAAUGUGCCUUCUCAAUCGUUUUUGGGGACAAUUUUGAGUCUAUGGAUUUGAUUGCAAACACACCUGACGAAGCAAAUAUCUGGGUGACAGGACUUACCUGUCUCAUUAACACACAGACCACUGGCUCAAUGACAUCACCGGAAGAAGCUAUUGAAGAAAUGCAGCAAAUGAGAGACAAUUGGUUAGCUGAUGCAUUUUCAGCAGCAGUACGUGAUGAAUCACAGACACUCGCCGAACAGGAAGUUGUUCGACUUCUACAGAACCUUAAUAACAACAUUGCAACCUCUAGAAUACGAACCAAAUUAAAAGAGAUUGCACUCCAUAGGGAGGAUAGUAAUAAAAGAGGUCGUCUCAACAGUAGUGAGUUUAUAUCACUGUUCAAAGAAAUGUCAACCAGACCAGAGAUUUACUUUUUAUUAGUCAGAUAUGCAAGCAAUGCUGAUUACUUGUCAACAGAUGAUUUGUUACUGUUUUUAGAGGCAGAACAAGGGAUGCAAAGAGUUACGAAGGAAAAGUGUUUAGAAGUGAUCAACAAAUUUGAACCAACCAAAGAAGGGAAACGAAAAGGAAGAUUAGGGAUAGAUGGUUUUACAGAUUACCUGUUGUCUGAAGAAUGUGAUAUAUUUGAUUCUGACCAUAACAUCGUAUGCCAAGAUAUGAAGCAACCUCUUUGUCAUUAUUUUAUUGCAAGCUCACAUAAUACGUAUUUAUUAGAAGAUCAACUGAAAGGUCCAUCGAGUGUGGAUGCAUAUAUCCGGGUACUGAGGACAGGAUGCAGAUGUGUAGAGUUGGAUUGUUGGGACGGUAACAACGAUGAACCAGUUAUAUACCACGGUCACACACUGACUUCAAAAAUCUCUUUUCGACAUGUAAUCGAAGCAAUAGACAAAUACGCAUUUGACACUUCGCAAUACCCUGUGAUAUUAUCCAUCGAGAACCACUGUAGUUUAAAACAGCAGCGUGUUAUGGUUGAUCACAUGACCUCCAUAUUUGGUGAUAAAUUGUACUGUGGUACCAUCGAUGAAAAACGAGUACGGCUUCCAAGUCCUGAGGACCUCAAGGGAAAAAUUUUAAUUAAGGGUAAGAAGUUACCUGCAUAUAUAACUGAUGAAGGAGAGGUUACAGAUGAAGAUGAAGGGGCAGAGUCAGAGAAAAAGAAGAACAACAAAAAGGAUGGUGCUUUAAAGAAACAUAAAUUAGCAAGAGAACUGUCUGAUGUGGUAAACUACUGUGUGUCCACAAGAUUUGAGGACUUUCAGGUCUCGGCUCAAAAACAGCAAUACUGGCAGAUGUGUUCAUUUAGUGAGUCUCAGGCGUUGAAGCUUGCAAUAUCCUGCCCAGAGGAGUAUGUUAAUCAUAAUAAAACAUUUCUGUCUCGUAUAUAUCCCAACGGAAUGCGGGUGGACUCGAGUAACUAUAAUCCGCAGGAUUUGUGGAACUGUGGAUGCCAAUUGGUGGCCUUAAACUACCAGACUCCGGGUUUGAUGAUGGAUCUCUAUAAUGGAUGGUUCAGUAAGAAUGGUGGGUGUGGCUAUGUGUUAAAGCCUGCCAUUAUGAGAGAAGAGAUUGCAUAUUUCAGCGCUAAUACUAAAGAAGUCAUUCCAGGAGUGUCACCACAGAUUCUGCAUAUAAAGAUUAUAAGUGGUCAAUAUUUUCCAAAGCCAAAAGGUUCAGGGGCAAGAGGGGAUGUAACAGAUCCGUAUGUUACCAUAGAGAUAUUUGGUAUUCCAGCAGACUGUGCAGAGGAGAGAUCUAAAACUGUACCUCAUAAUGGUUAUAACCCGAUAUUUGAUGAGAGUUUUGAAUUCCAAAUAAAUCUACCAGAGUUAGCACUGGUGCGGUUUUCUGUGCUAGAUGAUGACUAUAUAGGAGACGAGUUCAUUGGGCAAUAUACUAUACCAUUUGAAUGCAUGCAGACUGGCUACCGGCAUGUGAGGCUUUUGUCCAACACGGGUGAUGCUAUAGAGAACUGUUGUCUGUUUGUUCAUGUUGCAAUCACCAAUAAACGUGGAGGAGGGAAAGGUCACAAGCGCGGUAUGUCAGUCAAGAAGACAAAGAGAAAAAGAGAUUAUACCAGCAUGAAAGCAAUAGGUGUGAAAAGUAUUGAUGAAACUUUCAAGACUGCAAUACAACCAUUAAGGGAUGGAACAGAUUUGAGAGACAAUGUACAGACAGCACUUGCUGAGUUCAAAGAAACCUGUGGUUUGUCCCCUAUAGCCAAUAUAAAACAGUGUAUACGGUUGCUAGGAACUAGAGUCUCAAAUUCAUCAGAAUCAGCAACAUUAAUCUUCAACGUGGACGGAGAGUACCCUCGACUGGAAGCAGAUGGCAAUUUACCUGAUAUCCUCAAGAAGGCACUGCUGGCAUUUGAUACAAUGGUGAAUGAAUGUAGAAGUCUGAUUGAACAUGCUGAUCAUGUCUAUGAAAGGUUAUUACAAAGCCAGAGAGCUGGUCUUGAAUGGCAUGAAGAAUUGGAGAGUGUAAGCCAACAAGCUGGUCUUAAAGGCAAAAAGUUAUCAAAGGCAAUAGAAAAUUUUGCAUGGAACAUACGAGUUCUACAGGGUCAGGCAGAUCUGUUACUUCAAGCCAAAAAGGAGUGUCAGGAAUAUAUACGACAGAUCUCAGAAGCAGCAGUUACACUGGGCCUAGCAAAGGAUGGCAAUACAAUAUGCAAUAAUAACCUCACCGAUUGAAACACCUCAAUUUUGAAGAGAUUAUCGAAACAGCCAUGACAUGCUAUAAGAAGGAGAUGAAGUGCCAUUGUUAUUAGAUAACCGUAUACAACAAGCAUACUGUACAAACAUCAUAUUGUCUUACAUCUUACCGUUGUCUUAGAUUAGAUAGAAGCAACGUGUUCACAGAUAUAUGGGAUUGUAUAGACCAUAUCUUCAUGUUCACAGAUAUACAGAAAUUAAAUAGAUCAAAGCAGUGUGUUCACAGGUGUAUGGACGUUAUAUAGGUUGAUGCAUCAUGUUCACAGGUGUAUGGAAUUUAUAUAGAUGGAAGCAGUGUGUUCACAGGUGUAUGGAGAUUAUAUAGAUGGACAUAUUAUUUUCACAGAUGUAUGAAAAUAUUAUAUAGACCAGAGUAGCAUGUUCACAGAUGUAUGGUUAUUAUAUAGAUGAAAAUGACAUAGUUCAAAGCAGUGUGUUCACACAGAUGUAUAGAAAUUAUGUAGAUUGAAGCAGUGUGUUCACAGGUGUAUGGAAAAAACUAUAGUAUCACAGAAGUUUCAAGCUCCGAUGGGCCAAAGGCUCAAGCUGAGCUCUUAGUAUAAGUUGAUAUUCUGUUGUCCAUCUAUCAACCAUUGUUGUGGAGUAAAAAGUUUAGGGGGGGGGGGCAUGGGUGAGGGAUUAAUGACCUAGAGGUAAUAUUAGAACAACUGCGUAAACAUUAUACUAGUGAGCCAUUUAAUUUAUGAAUACUAAUUUGACGCUUGGUAAAAAAUGUCGGUAAAGAUAUAAAGUUGUUUUUUUAUAUGAAAAUUAAUAAAUUAUAUCACAAUAAGUAAUUUAACAUGAUGACAAAAGAGUCUGCUAGUGAUUUGUUUAAACAUGCUAUCUGUUUUCAGCCACUAUUCAAUCAAGCAAUAGGGGUUAGGUGGGAAUUAUCUUUGGAAAUAAAUAACAUCAGAGGGCAUGGGGUAAUGUGAUGCAUAAAAUACAGAUCGUCAAGCGACUAGAUUGAUAUAUAAGCAAUACAUAUUGUUUGAUCUACUUUCUGUUACAAGGUUUUCCAUUGAUUCCUCUUUAUAUAAAAGAAAAAAACAGUUCAAAAUUUAUUGUUAUAAAUAAACAGAAAUUUCAACAUUCUGUCCAUCUGUCUGUGUAAUCUGUGAAUAACUUAGGCUAUUUUAUACUCACUAAUUUCAUAUACCAUAAUAAAACCAAACUUUUUAGCUCACCUGAGCAAUGCUCAGGUGAGUUUUUCUGAUCGCUCGAUGUCCGGCGUCCGUCGUCCGUCAUCUGUCGUCUGUCGUCUGUCGUCCGUCGUCCGUCGUCUGUCAACAUUUAGCUUGUGUAUGCAAUAGAGGCUGUAUUUUUCAAUUAAUCUUCAUGAAUAUUGGUCAGAAUGAUAACCUUGAUGAAAUCUAGGCCGAGUUCGAAAAUGGGUCAUCUCGGGUCAAAAACUAGGUCACUAGGUCAAAUCAAAGAAAAACCUUGUGUAUGCGAUAGAGGCGGUAUUUUUCAAUUAAUCUUCAUGAAUAUUGGUCAGAAUGAUAACUUUGAUGAAAUCUAGGCCGAGUUCGAAAAUGGGUCAUCUCGGGUCAAAAACUAGGUCACUAGGUCAAAUCAAAGAAAAACCUUGUGUAUGCGAUAGAGGCGGUAUUUUUCAAUUAAUCUUCAUGAAUAUUGGUCAGAAUGAUAACCUUGAUGAAAUCUAAGCCGAGUUCGAAAAUGGGUCAUCUCGGGUCAAAAACUAGGUCACUAGGUCAAAUCAAAGAAAAACCUUGUGUAUGCGAUAGAGGCUGUAUUUUUCAAUUCUUCUUCAUGAAUAUUGGUCAGAAUGAUAACCUUGAUGAAAUCUAGGCCGAGUUCGAAAAUGGGUCAUCUCGGGUCAAAAACUAGGUCACUAGGUCAAAUCAAAGAAAAACCUUGUGUAUGCGAUAGAGGCGGUAUUUUUCAAUUGAUCUUCAUGAAUUUUGGUCAGAAUGAUAACCUUGAUGAAAUUUAGACCAAGUUCGAAAAUAGGUCAUCUGGGGUCAAAAACUAGGUCACUAGGUCAUAUCACGUAAAAACCUUGUGUAUGCGAUAGAGGCUGUAUUUUUCAAUUGAUCUUCAUGAAUUUUGGUCAGAAUGAUUACCUUGAUGAAAUUUAGACCAAGUUCGAAAAUAGGUCAUCUGGGGUCAAAAACUAGGUCACUAGGUCAAAUCAAAGAAAAACCUUGUGUAUGCAGUAGAGGCUGUAUUUUUCAACUGAUCUUCAUGAAAUUUAGCCAGAAUGAUUACCUUGAUAAAAUCUAGGCCGUGUUCGAAAAUGGGUCAUCUCGGGUCAAAAACUAGGUCACUAGGUCAAAUCGAAGAAAAACAUUGUGUAUGCAAUAGAGGAUGUAUUUUUCAAUUGAUCUGUAUGAAAUUUGGUCAGAAUGAUUGUCUUGAUGAAAUCUAGGUCGAUUUUGAAUAUGGGUUAUCUGAGGUCAAAAACUAGGUCACUAGGUCAAAUUAAAGAAAAAUCUUGUGUAUGCGAUAGAGACUGUUUUUUUCAAUUGAUUUUUAUGAAAUUUGGUCAGGUUGAUUGCCUUAAUGAAAUCUAGGUCGAAUUUGAAUAUGGGUCAUCUGAGGUCAAAAACUAGGUCACUUGGUCAAAUCAAAGAAAAAACUUCUGUAUGUGAUAGAGGCUGUAUUUUUCAGUUGAUCUUCAUGAAUUUUGGUCAGAAUGAUUGCCUUGAUAAAAUCUAGGUCGAGUUUGAACAUGGGUCAUCUAGGGUCAAAAACUAGGUCAUAUCUAAGAAAAUGCUUGUUUUAUCGCAAGAGACCAAUUUUUUGGUCCAAUCUUAAUGAAAAUUGGUCAGAAUAUUUGUUUCCUUGAAAUCACUAGGUCAAACAUGUUUUACACUGUUAUGGAGUGUUUCUUAGGUGAGCGACCUAGGGCCAUCUUGGCCCUCUUGUUUUAAAUUAUACCUCUAUGAUAGUAUACACAAACUCACCUAAAAUGUUUUUUUUAAUCUGCAUUUUCUUGGUUUUUGCUAAAAUAUUUUAUUUACUUUUUAGCAGCUGUGUAGUCAUAUAGAAUGUCUCUAAAACCAUACUUAGAAAGAAACCAUUCACCAUCUGUAAUUGAAAAUUGUAUAUGUACAUAGUCAUCAUAGUUGAAACUAAGUAUUGUAUAUAGAAAAAUUUUGAUACAUAGAAUCUAGUAUGGUGAGUCAUUAAGGCCACUGACUUUGAAUCCAUUUCCGUUGGAUAUUGUUGAUAUUUGUCUCAUCAUGUAUGGAAUUCAGUUAUGUGAUAAACAACUGUUGAAACUAUCUCAGUUCCAAGAGAUCAAGCGAUUUUCUUUGAGAUAAAAGAUAUUUGACUUUAUAAAUGAGCCGUGCCAUGAGAAAACCAACAUAGUGGCUUUGCGACCAGCAUGGAUCCUGACCAGCCUGCGCAUCCACGCAGUCUGGUCAGGAUCCAUGCUGUUCGCUUUCAAAGUCUAUAACAAUUAGAGAAACCGUUUGCGAACAGCAUGGAUCUUGACCAGACUGCGUGGAUGCGCAGGCUGGUCUGGAUCCAUGCUGGUGGCAAAGCCACUGUGUUGGUUUUCCCAUGGCACGGCUCAAAUGAUAUUUUGUGCACAUCUGUUUGGGACAGGACUUGAAAAAUGUCUUCGAGAUAGCCAGAAUUCUGAGAUAGGCAAGUUGGAGAUAUUGAGUUUCAGCUGUGUCUAGCUAGCUUGGGUGUAUAACUGGUUCUAUAAAUGAGCCGCACCAUGAGAAAACCAACAAAGUGCAUUUGCGACCAGCAUGGAUCCAGACCAGCCUACGCAUCAGCUUUCAAAGCCUAUCGCAAUUAGAGAAACCGUUAGCAAACAGCAUGGAUCCUGACCAGACUGUGUGGAUGCGCAGGCUGGUCUGGAUCCAUGCUGGUCGCAAAUGCACUAUAUUGGUUUCCUCAUGGUGUGGCUCAAAUAUGUCUGCUUGUGCAUUUAUACCUGGAUUAAAAACUGGAGACUUUGUCCACCAUUUUAAACAAGAUCUCAGCACAGGAAUAAACUUUUGAAAAAAAAUGCCACUUUUACCAUAGAAAAUAUUAUAUAAAAGUAGAUCACUAUUACAAAACCUGUCUCAAAAAUACCAGUGUCAUUUAGAAUAGGAACAUAUAGAGAGUAGAAAAGUGAAUGUUGUUAAAGUUAUAAAUUUUGUACAUAGUACGUUAUGUUUUCUAUUGUUGUCUGUUAAUCACUGUGCAAUUAAGUAGUGAUAUCUUAACAUUAUGUACAUUUAUUGUUGAUAGGCCAAAAUUAAAAGCAUUUUGCUUUUUAACCCAUUCAAAUGCUUACAAAUAGACCUUUAUUGUUGAAGCGAAUACUCUUUGUCUUAAGUAAUGUAAUUUGGGGUAUUUUGGACUUGGUUAAUGACCGGCAUUGUAGUUUGUAAAUCUGUUCAGAAUCAAGCAAAAAAUGAAUGCAUGAUUGACCAGUAUGUUGUAAUAUAAACUAUGUUAUCAAUUUGUUAGCAUGCCAGGUGCAAAGCAGCUAUACAAUGGACUCCUAUGCCAGUGUUAGUAAUUUUUAGUUGGAGAAUCGUGGGCUCGAACUCACAACCCCUGGUUUCCUAGUCAAACAGUGUUACCACUGGACCACUGCAUCCACUCUAUCCUUGCAGACCCUGACCAUUGUCCUCACAUGUCCUGCGUUUCCACACAGGACUCAAAACACAGUUCACUGGAAAGUUGCGACCUUGAGAGAGCAAAUUUCUGUAUUUUGCUAAAGUUCAAAUGUUAAACAAACCAAACAGUAGUAAAAUAUUUUACCAUGCCAAAAUAUCCCAAUCUAUGACAUAUACCUGUUACAGCUCAAUUAAAAAACCAAAUAUAGUUAUAUUGGCAACGUUUUUAUUCAUUUUUAGCCCACCAUCAUCAGAUGGUGGGCUAUUCAAAUCACUCUGCGUCCGUGGUCCGGCGUCCUUCCGUCCGUCCGUCCGUCCGUCCGUCCUUCCGUUAACAAUUUCUUGUUAUCGCAUCUCCUCAGAAACUACCAGGGGGAUUUUGACCAAACUUUGUCAGAAUGAUGUAUUGGUACCCUAGUUGUGUCCCCCUGAAAAUCAGAAUGGUUCAACAAAUUUUUAGUAAGUUAUGGCCCUUUGUUUAUUUCUAUAAUUUACAUAGAUUUAUAUAGGGAAAAACUUUGAAAACCUUCUUGGCCAAAACCACAGAGCCUAGGGCUUUGAUAUUUGGUAUGAAGCAUCAUCUAGUGGUCCUCUACCAAGAUGAUUGAAAUUAUUUCCCUGGGGUCUAAUAUGGCCCCGCCCGGGGGUCACAUGGUUUAUAUAGACUUAUAUAGGGAAAAACUUUGAAAAACCUCUUGUCCAAAACCACAGGGCCUAGGGCUUUGAUAUUUUGUAUGUGACAUCAUCUAGUGGUCUUCUACUAAGAUUGUUCAAAUUAUCACCCUAGGGUCAAAUAUGGCCCCGCCCCGGGGGUCACAUGGUUUACAUAGACUUAUAUAGGGAAAAACUUUGAAAAUCUUCUUGUCCAAACCACAAAGCCUAGGGCUUUGAUAUUGUAAUGUAGCAUCACCUGGUGGUUUUCUACCAAGUUUGUUAAAAUUAUCCCCCUAGGGUCAAAUAUGGCCCCGCCCUGGGGUCACAUGGUUCAUAUAGACUUAUAUAGGGAAAAGCUUUUAAAAACUUCUUGUCAAUAACCUACAACAUUCAAAUUUGGACCACAUGUAUGGUUUUGAGUGGCAAGAUGAACCUUGACAUGAGUUGACCUUGAUUUUGACCUUGUGACCUACUUUCACAUUUCUGUAGCUACAACCUUCAAAUUUGGACCACAUGCAUAGUUUUGUGCACUGAUAUAAACUUUGACCUUGACAUUGACCUAGUGACCUACUUUCACAUUUUUGAAGGUACAGGCUUCAAAUUUGGACCACAUGCAUAAUUUCGUGUUCUGAAAUGAAAUUUGACAUUGAUUUUGACCCAGUGACCUACUUUCACAUUUCUCAAGCUACAGCCUUCAAAUUUGGACCACAUGCAUGGUUUUAUGUACCGAAACAAACUUUAACCUUUACAUUGACCUAGUGACCUACUUUCACAUUUUUGAAGGUACAGGCUUCAAAUUUGGACCACAUGCAUAGUUCUGUAUUCCAAAAUAAAAUUUGACCUUGAUUUUGACCUAGUGACCUACUUUCACAUUUCUCAAGCUACAGCCUUCAAAUUUGGACCACUUGCAUAGUUUUGUGUACCGAAAUGAACUUUGACCUUAAGAUUGACCUAGUGACCUACUUUCACAUUUCUGUAGCUACAGGCUUCAAAUUUAGACCACAUGCAUGGUUUUGUGUACCGAAACAAACUUUGACCUUUACAUUGACCUAGUGACCUACUUUCACAUUUCUCAAGCUACAGCCUUCAAAUUUGGACCACUUGUGUAGUUUUGUGUACCGAAAUGAACUUUGACCUUAAGAUUGACCUAGUGACCUACUUUCACAUUUCUGUAGCUACAGGCUUCAAAUUUAGACCACAUGAAUAGGAUUGUGUACCAAAACAAACUUUGACCUUUACAUUGACCUAGUGACCUACUUUCACAUUUUUGAAGGUACAGGCUUCAAUUUUGGACUACAUGCAUAGAUUUGUUUCUGAAGUGAAAUUUGACCUUGAUUUUGACUUAGUGACCUACUUUCACAUUUCUCAAGCUACAGCCUUCAAAUUUGGACCACUUGCAUAGUUUUGUGUACCGAAUUAAACUUUGACCUUAAGAUUGAUCUAGUGACCUACUUUCACAUUUCUCAAGCUACAGCUUUCGAAUUUGGACCACAUGCACAGUGUUGUGUACGGAAAUGAAAUUUGACCGUGAGCUAGUCAGUAAGUCUUGAAAUUUGGAACACUCAAAAAUGGCACAUUGGUGGGCGCCAAGAUCACUCUGUGAUCUCUUGUUUACCUUUAUGUUAUUUUUCUUCCUUACAAAUUAUACCUCUUGUUCUUCACUUUGUUUUUAUGAUUAUAAUUGUACAUUUGGUUAAAAAAAUAAUUGAGAAACUAUUAAGAAAUAUUCUAUUACAGACAUGUGCAUCAUUUCAAUGCUACUUUGCAUUAAAGAGUGCUUGAAGCAUGGUUAAAUUCGCUGUAUCUUUUGCAGUGAAACUGUUAAUUGGCAUUAAAGAUUGACGGAGAGAAAUAAUACUAUAACAACAACAAGAAUGUUUCUUAUUUUAAAAAAAGCAAGAAGACUAAAAAAAUUAUUUUGAAGAAGUUUUGCUUUGGCAGUGAAAAUUAGGUAAAUUAUUAAGAAAUAUUCAGUUGUUUUUAUUUUGUAACAGGGAUAGCAGCACAUAUGUUCCGCCUUGAUGUAUGACAUGAUUGUUACGAAAUAUGUUCUUUGUUCUGUUAAUUGUUAUAGAUGUAUGUUGUUGCAAUGUUUUGUUGAGAUUGGUUUGUAAAUGUUGAGAUUGAUUUUGUUUUUACACAUGUAAAUAUUGGCUCCAUUUAUUAAGAGACUAUUUUAAUGAGUGGAUAUAUGGCGAAAAAUGUGAACUUUGAAGGGUCAUGCUUCCAGAUGUAAUAUGUUUUGUUUUUGUUGGGUUUAACGUUGCACUGACAUAGGUCAUAUGGUCCGUGCAUUAUUUCAUCAAGGGCAGGCACCUGGGUAGAACCAGUGACCUUCCGUAAGUUAAUUGGAUAGCAUCUUCACAUGAAGAAUUCAACGCCCCGAGCAAGGCUCAAAUCCACAUCUUUGAGGGGCAAGUGAUUCAAAGUCAGCGGCCUUAACCACUCGCCCAUAGAAGCCCCUAGAUAUAAUUUGAUCUUAUUAAAAUCAAGAUAGUUUUGUAAGUGUUAUAGAACAAAAGUAAAUAAAGAGUUUUAGUCUUUAUUGAUCUUUAAAAAAUACUUGAAAGUAGGGAUAAUGCAAGUUUUUUUUUGUUAUAACAUCUGCUGAAUCCCAUAGGAUAUUGGUUGGUGCCCGAGCCCAACGUAUCCAGAGGGAUUCUGAAGAUGUUAUAACACGAAAUGAACAUGAGCUAAUGCUAUUCUAGCUUAAAACGCGUAAAAACUGAUAAAUGAAGGCAUUGUCACUCAACGUCAUAAAAUUUCCACGAAAUGCACAGGAAUGUCUGUGUUGUUUUUAGCUCGACUAUUCGAAGAAUAAGUAGAGCUAUCCUACUCACCACGGCGUCUGCGUCGGCGUCACACCCUGGUUAAGUUUUUCGUACCAGUCCACUUUUUGACAAAGUCUAUUGAGAUAAAGCUUUGAAACUUUCAACACUUGUUUACCAUCGCCAUGUCCAGUUUUAGGCAAGAGUACAUAACUCCAUCAAGUAUUUUGACUGAGUUAUGGCCCCUUUUAACUUAGAAAUCUUGGUUAAGUUUUUUGUACCAGUUAACAUUUUGUGUAAAAUGUUUGGCAUAUGGCUUUGAACCUUUUAUCUCUUGUUUAAUAUAACAGUCUCUAUCUGUAGGCAAGAGUACAUAACUUUGUCAAUUAUUUUGGCUGAAUUAUGGCACUUUUUGGACUUGGAAAUUGGUACAAUUUUUGUACAAGUCUAUGUUUUGUCAAAACUAUUUGACAUGCGGCUUUGAAAGUUUGAACAAUUGUUUAUCAUCAUGGUUUAUAUUUGUAGACAAGAGUACAUAACUCUGUCAACUAUUUUGGCUGAAUUAUGGCCCUUUUUUGACUUGGAAAUUGGUUCAGUUUCCGUACAAGUCCAUGUUUUGUCAAAACAAUAUGACAUAUGGCUUUGAAACUUUGAACACUUGUUUAUCAUCCUGAUUUCCACCUGUAGGCAAGAGUACAUAACUCUGUCAACUAUUUUGGCUGAAUUAUGGCCCUUUUUGGACUUGGAAAUUGGUAUAAUUUUUUUACAUGUCCAUGUUUUGUCAAAAUUAUUUGACAUGUGGUUUUGAAAGUUUGAACAAUUGUUUAUCAUCAUGAUUUAUAUUUGUAGGCAAGAGUACAUAACUCUGUCAACUAUUUUGGCUUAAUUAUGGCCCUUUUUUGACUUGGAAAUUGGUUCAGUUUUCGUACAAAUCCAUGUUUUGUCAAAACUAUUUGACAUAUGGCUUUGAAACUUUGUACACUUGUUUAUCAUCAUGAUUUCCAUCUGUAGGCAAAAGUAUAUAACUCUGCCGACUAUUUUGGCAGAAUUAUGGCCCUUUUUGGACUUGGAAAUUGGUUCAGUUUCAUACAAGUCAACGUUUUGUCAAAGCUUUUUGACAUGUGGCUUUGAAACUUUUAACAUUUGUUUAUCAUCAUGAUUCCAAUCUGUAGGCAAGAGUACAUAACUCUGUCAACUAUUUUGGCUAAAUUAUGGCCCUCUUUGGACUUGGAAAUCAGUUAAGAUUUCGUACCAGUCUGUAUUUUGCCUUACCUGUUUGUCAUAAGGCUUUGAAACUUUGACCACUUGUUUACCUUCAUAGUCUACUUACCUAGGACAAGGACUUUAGCUCAGUUAUGGCCCUUAUUUGGACAUAGAAAUUAGUUACCGUAUUUAUAAUAUAGGUCGCACUCGUGUAUAAGAUGCAGUGAAAAAUAUCAGCAGAAUUCUGGAAAAUGCUUAUACCCACUUAUCACUUAUCCGAAUUUAUGUUUGUCUGAAAUUCACUAUAGUUUCUACGAACUUGCCGGUUUUUAGCUCGACUAUUCGAAGAAUAGUCUAGCUAUUCUACUCACCCUGGCGUCGGCGUCGGCGUCACACCUUGGUUAAGUUUUUGCAUGCAAGUACAUACAGCUAUCAUUUAAAGGCAUAUAGCUUUGAAACUUAUUUAUUCUUUUUCUAGGUCAAUUACCAACCUCACUGGGUCAAGUUCCAUAACUCUAACAUGUAUUUUGAGCAAAUUAUGCCCCCUUUUGGACUUAGAAAAUUCUGGUUAAAGUUUUACAUGCAAGUUACUAUCUCCAAAACUAAUGCAGAUAUUGAAUUGAAACUUCACAUGUGUCUUCGGGGUUAAAAAAUAAGUUGAUAGCACCAAGUCCCAUAACUCUGACCUUCAUUUUGGCCAAAUUAUGCCCCCUUUUGGACUUAGAAAAUUCUGGUUAAAGUUUUGCGUGCAAGUACAUACAGCUAUUACUAAAAGGCAUAUAGAUUUGAAACUUAUUUUUUCUUUUUCUAGAUCAAUUACCUACCUCACUGGGUCAAGUCCCAUAACUCUGGCAUGUAUUUUGGCCAAAUUAUGCCCCCUUUUGGACUUAGAAAAUUCUGGUUAAAGUUUUGCGUGCAAGUACAUACAGCUAUUACUAAAAGGCAUAUAGAUUUGAAACUUAUUUUUUCUUUUUCUAGAUCAAUUACCUACCUCACUGGGUCAAGUCCCAUAACUCUGGCAUGUAUUUUGGCCAAAUUAUGCCCCCUUUUGGACUUAGAAAAUUCUGGUUAAAGUUUUGCGUGCAAGUACAUACAGCUAUUACUAAAAGGCAUAUAGAUUUGGAACUUAUUUAUUCUUUUUCUAGAUCAAUUACCUACCUCACUGGGUCAAGUUCCAUAACUCUUAACAUGUAUUUUGAGCAAAUUAUGCCCCCUUUUGGACUUAGAAAAUUCUGGUUAAAGUUUUACAUGCAAGUUACUAUCCCCAAAACUAAUGCAGAUAUUGAAUUGAAACUUAACAUGUUUCUUCGGGGUUAUAAAACUAGUUGAUAGCAUCAAGUCCCAUAACUCUGAUAUGUCCCCUUUUGAACUUAAAACUCUUUUGAUAUUUAACAUUUUGGGUAAUAAUUUCCAGCUUCUGUGACAAUAUUUCGAAUAGUCGAGCUUGGCUGUCUUAUGGAAAGCUCUUGUUUCUUAAUCAUUAUUGAUGUUUUUGGAUGUUGUGACAAGUAUUUAAAUUGAAAAGCAUAAACUCUGUGUAAGCACUAACUGCCGCAUCCUCUGACCACUCCAUGAAUAUUGACGCCAGUGAAAACGAAAGUCAUCUUGGCACGUGGCGGUAAAAUGACGUAAUUUUAAGACUGGUUUGCAAAUUGUUUUGAACAUUACGGAUCAGCGACUAUGAUCAUAUUGGAUCAGUAUAAAAUCUCGCAUGCACGUUUACACUAUUGCCUCCGGGUAUGAUUAAAUGGUUAAUUGUUUGCAGAUUGUGACAGUAGGUUAAGAUAAGUAAUGCCUCGGGCGUGAAUUUCUCGAUAACAAGAGGAUUAUAGACAACUAUCAAAAUUAUGUUUGAAGAUUAGAUAAUCGAUUUCCGGGCUACCUGAUAUGGAGUUUCAAGUAUUUUAAUGCAAAAUGUGUGAAAACACGCCGGGAAAGUUUUACACAGGUCUUGUUAAAAACUUAAUGAUCAAUUACAGAAAUGCGUUGUAAAAUAUAUUUUAAUGAAAAACAGCAUUUAUUUAUCUUUUUUUACGCGAGCUCUAAAUUUUACAUUUUAUACAAAAGUAAUUUAAGACGCCGGGUCCCGAUACCGGGUAUUAGCUAUGCCUGAGUCAUUGGUAUUUACUCCCCUUCAAUUCUCUUCAAUAUAGAGGUACGUGGGGUAAACAAAGAUCGAUUUUCUUAAUUUUUGAGUCGGGGGAAAUGUUUGGUCUUUUUCUAUCCCCAUAUAUAGGACGCAUCGGUCCUUCGAGACCAGAAUCUUGUAAAAAAAUGUGCGUCUUAUAUUUGUAGGAUGACGGUAGGUUUCGCAUACCAUUCGAUAUUUUGUCUAUUAACUGUUUGAUAUAUGGCUUUGAAACUUUGAACACUUGCUUACCAACAUGGUCAUACAUUGCCAUAUACAUGUAGUGCAAGACUUACCCAACUCCACAAAUGCAGGUACAUUGUCUUAUCUGUUCCUUUUCUUUUGUCUGAAAAUCUCAGGUAAUAUUUUGACCCUAUACUUCUGUCAAUGCUUCGAAUAGUCAAGUGCGCUGUCAACAGACAGCUCUUGUUAUAUGUUGAGGUCAUUUCUUUUUGAAUUAUCCGUUUUGAGGCCGAAUGACUGUUACACUUUGCCACAGAAUGCGCAUAUAUAAAAAGGUAUUUUAACAGCAUGUGAGCACAAGAACCUCUCUGUUAACACACAUUUUCUCUAGUGUUAAAACACACCCAAAAAGUGGCAAGAACAGAAGUUUUAUGCUAGAAUGUAUAGUAUAAGAAAUACUUCAAAAAUGCUGUCUACCAUGUGAGUCACACAGUAAAAAAAUAAUGUUGCAUAUAAGGAGUCUAGCUGUACUUUAUACAAUACUUACAUGAGCCGAGCCAUGAGAAACAUAGUGGGUUUGCAACCAGCAUGGAUCCAGACCAGCCUGCGCAUCCACGCAGUCUGGUCAGGAUCCAUGCUGUUCGCUUUUAAAGCCUACUGCAAUUAGAGAAACCGUUAGCGAACAGCAUGGAUCCUGACCAGACUGCGCAGAUGCGCAGGCUGGUCUGGAUCCAUGCUGGUCGCAGAGCCACUAUGUUGGUUUUCCCAUGGCAUGGCUCAAUUAUGUAUCAUUUUAAUGAUGCUGAUAUUUUAUAGACACUGAAGUUUGUAUAUUGUGAUGAACAUAGGGAAGCAUGCCACUUUAAAGCUUCAAGAAUUUAUGAUAAAACUUUAAGCUUUAGGAGCAUUGCAUUGAUAGAAAAUCUACAAUUAUUGAUUCUUGUAUGACAUUGUUAUAGGACGGACAUUUUAUUGAGAAUGUAAUAUUGUUAAAACAUACAUCUUCGUACAAUUUUCAUGUCUAUUUUAUUUAACAUUAAAGAUUUACUGUUUAGUUAGCAUAAUUUUGUUAUAUGAAUAACCAUGAAGCUUUUCAAAGGAUUAUGUCCCUUUUCAGAUGUAAUAGUAUUUCUUGUCAUUAAAACUGUCUCUUUUGUAUCACUAACUGUAUACUGUAUAGUUCUCAGAUAUUUAAAAUUUUGCACUUCUCAUUUAAUAUUUAAGUUAACCCGUACCAUGCUAAAUUUAUAUAAUGAAUUUGUCUAUCUUUCAAUUUGAACAGUACCAUUAACUGUUAAAAGGGGUGAUUACCAAAAAGAUGCUGAAUAGCGAACAGUGCAGAUCAUGAUCAGACUGCACAGAUGUGCAGGCUGAUCAUAAUCUACACUGGACGCAUAGGCAGAAUCAUUCGUGUCCGGCAUGAUGAGGGUUAACAGAUUUACUUCAUAUUUGGCUGGGAACACUGUCUAAGGGCAUGAAAUUAUUUUUAGAAAAGCGAUGAAAAUGAAUAAAAUAUGUUAUGCUGCGGUGUAGAGUAAAUGUAUGUAAAUGAAAAACAAUCGUUAAAGAAAUACCUAACACAUUAUUACAUGUAAAUUAUCACACUUUACACACUGAUCAUGAUAAUUAAUGACUAAGAUAUUUCGAUACUGUCCCACCUGUACAGAAGGAACUUUUUUAUCAUCAAAAUGAAAAAACUUGUAAUUACAGUCGAACUUCGAUGGCUCAAACUCGAGGGUCCCAUGGAAAUUAGUUCGAGUUUUCCGUUGUUCGAGCCAUCCAAUUGGCGGCCAUUUUGAAUUUUGGAAUUCGAGGGCAUGAUGUGUUACAAACCUUACACCGUAAUAUAUUGUCAUAUUGUACCUAAAUGCGUGUACAAUACGAUGAUAAAUAAGAUAUGAACGCUGAAAUAUGCUUUAUUAUUUAUUUUCAAACAUGACAUAGAUAUGGAAAAAACACAGAUAAAACACUAAUAUAAUUAUAAGAAUUUGGUGAAGACAGCAUCAUAUAGAAAGACAUGAAUAACAGACCUUUUUGAAUCAUAGUCCAGUACAAAUACUAUCAAAUAUAUUGCUUUCCAGUAGCCGACUUAGCUAUCCCUACGUAUCGGGGUCCUUUACUAAGUUGUUCAGCCAUGCUAAAGCAGUAUGAAAGUUGAUGUCGGAUCUCCCGUUUUUAUGCAGCAAAAACAAAGACAGACAUAGUAUGUACAUUGCUCAAUCAUUUUAAAUAAUUUUAUUCGUAUAAAUCAAAGCCCAUUAAAGCAUUGCAGUGAACGAAAGUCACUUUGUUUAAUUUGUUUGUCGUAUACCAACGCUAAUUACGUAAGCGUGCGAAAAUUACGCACGCGCCGGUUAAAGGGGAAGCUUGGUGAAUGUCAGGCAGAAGUGUGAAAAACUUUGUAAAUACAAGCCAUCCCGGCAAAAAUUGUCUGUUCGACUGAAUAGGUGUAAUUAUCACUGUAAUUAAGCCGAGGGGACCACUAAAUGAGUUCGAGAGUUCGAAUUAUCGAAGUUCGAGCAAUCCGAGGUAGAACUAUAUAGAAUAAAGAAGGAAUAAAUUCGGGACCAGGCGAAGAAUUCGAGCAAUCCUGGGUGUUCAAAAGAUCCGAGUUCAAGCCAUUGAAGUUCAACUGUAAUAAGAUUUUGCCUUCAGUGAAAUGCAAGCCUUAAGAUUACAAAUCAGGUAGCUACUGGCAGAGAACUGAAACUCCUAUUUCUAUACUGCACUAUUUAAAUGCUAAACACAAGCACACAGAGACUUUUUAAGAGGGUGUAAAAAUAAAAUAAAUGUAUUGUUUAUGUACAUAACUUGUAGGGAAAAUCCUGAUACCUACAUUAGAAACCAUAAAACAUACCAAAUACACAUUGCAAGCCUAGCACUACCAUUCCUUCAUGGAACCAAGUACCCUGAUUUUUAGCUCGACUAUUCAUAGAAUAGUAGAGCUGUUGGACUCGCCCAUGCGUCCGCGUCCGCGUCCCAAUUUGGUUAAGUUUUUGUAUGUAAGCUGGUAUCUUAGCAACCACUUGUGGGAAUGGAUUGAAACUUCACACACUUAUUCACUGUGAUAAACUGACUUACAUUGCACAGGUUCCAUAACUCUGUUUUGCUUUUUUACAAAAUUAUGCCCCUUUUUUGACUUAAAAAUUUUUGGUUAAGGUUUUGUAUGUAAGCUGGUAUCUCAGUAACCACUUGUGGGAAUGGAUUGAAACUUCACACACUUAUUUACUGUGAUAAACUGACUUACAUUGCACAGGUUCCAUAACUCUAUUUUGCUUUUUUACAAAAUUAUGCCCCUUUUUCGACUUAGAAUUUUUUGGUUAAGGUUUUGUAUGUAAGCUGGUAUCUCAGUAUUCACUAAUGGGAAUGGAUUGAAACUUCACACACUUGUUCACUGUCAUGAUCUGACAUGCACAAAGCAGGUCCCAUAACUUUAUUUUGCUUUUUUACAAAAUUAUGCCCCUUUUUCAGCAUAGAAAUUUUUGGUUAAGUUUUUGUAUGUAAGCUGGUAUCUCAGUAUCCACUAAUGGGAAAGGAUUGAAACUUCACACACUAGUUCACUGUCAUGAUAUGACAUGCAGUGCAAAGGGUCAAUAACUCAACUUUGCAUUUUACAAAAUUAUGCCCCUUUUUGAACUUAGGAGUUUUUGGGUUAAAUUCUUAUAUGUAAGCUGGUAUCUCAGUACCCACUAAUGGGAAUGGAUUGAAACUUCAUACACUUGUCCACUGUCAUGAGCUGAUAAGCACUAUGCAGGUUCCAUAACCCUAUUUUACUUUUUUACUAAAUUAUGCCCCUUUUUCGACUUUCUUAUUCAUUCAAGCAACAAGGCUGUUAAAUAGUCGAGCGUUGCUGUCCUCCGACAGCUCUUGUUAGAAAAAAUGUAACUUUUUGCUACAAAAAAUAGAGAAUAGUAGACAACAUAUUUCCAUUUGCUAAUGACCUUUUUCACUUGGAAUGUUCUGUUUACUGAAAUAUCCACCUAUUUUUCAAGGAAGGGUAGUUGAUUGGAAGCUAAUUAUGUAAAAUAUAGCCCAUUGUCUUCAAAGCACUUAAAGAAUAAGCAUAAUCUGUCAGUAAAAUAUUAUUUGCCAUUUUAUUAUUCCUUACAGCAGUUAUUUUUCUUUCCUUAGAAUACUCGUUUGUUAGAUAAAAAUCAAACUUUGCAUAAUUCAUGUUUAGACAGCUUGACUGUUGUAUGCGUAACAAAAUAGCAACACCAAAGAUGUUAAACAUAUUAAAUGGACAUGACUCCUUGAUUGGGACUAUUUAUAUCAUACAGAAACUAUAUCCUGUUGUUAAAAACUUUAAAUUUAAAGAGAGGACGAAGAGUUAUAUGUUGGGUUCAGCAUCCUGUUUGUUUAUAAAAUCACAUGUGUAGUCUGUAACUUGUAAAAAAAAGCUCUACUGUGUUAGUCACACAAGAAAAAGGUGCUGCCAGAUGAUAUAGAUUUUGAUAUAGUUUAUAAUUUAUACAAAAAUAUGGACUGAAAUACAAAUUUUGGUAUUAUUUAUGGUUUAUUCCAAACAUAUUGACUGAAAUACAAGUUUUGAUAUACUUUAUAGCUUGUUCCAAGUUAUUGUCUGAAAUAUGGAUUUUGAUGUACUUUAUAGUUUAUUCCAUAAAUUAAACCAAAAUAUAGGUGUUGCUAUCUUUUAUUUUUAUUUUAUUAUUGUGAUGUUUAUUUGGAUACAUGUUUCUUAAAACACUCAUAUUAUUGUUUUUGCACCAAAAAAAAACCUAUAUAACUACAAAACCAUGCAUUUUCAUUAUUUAGUAAAUGUUAUAUACCCGAUUUUAAGAGGCCUGUUUCACAGGCAGUAAGUACCGGUAUUCUUUACUAUGGAUUUUGGAUGGGUUUCCUGACUGGUUCUGUAAUCAGUCUAAAAACUGUUCAGUCAUAUUUUUAGUUGAAACAGGAGCAAGGAUGAGUGUCUAAGUUAAAAUAAUCAGCAUUAACCCUUAGCCUGCUAAAUUUCUAAAAUGGACUGUUCCAUCAUUCAGUUUGGGCAAUACCAUUUAUUAUUCGAAGGGAUGUUCACUGAAAAUUUACUAACUGAAUAGCGAACAGUGCAGACCAUGAUCAGCCUGCACGGAUGUGCAGGCUGAUCUUGGUCUGCACUGGUCGCAAAGGCAAAACCAAUGGCCGCCAGCAGGCUAAGGGUUAAAGGAUUUUCUGGAAAUAUAAUUUCCCAAAGCUAAGACAUAUUUUGUGUUUGAAAUAAGUUUUUGUGAAACAGAUAUUCAAAAAAUUCUACUUGUUUUAUGACAGUUUAACAGUAUAAUUAAACUGAAAUGAUCAUGACUUAAUGUUUGACUAUAUAUAUUUACUCCCAACAGUUACUGAAUCAUAAUUACUUUAGAUACAAUCUUUAGAUCUUGGUAAAAUUUGAAUUUUUUUAUACUCUGCCAAAUCAUUUUGCUUAACCCCCAAAAAAUAAUGAUAUACAGAAUCAUAACUGGCUGUUUUCUAGGGACAUCAUAUAUCACUCUAAUUCAUUAAUCAGUCCAAAGACACAUAUUAAAUAAAAGGUGAAGGCGUCUUCACUUAUAAACAAGAUCUCAUUGAUUUAACAUGAUUUCAGUCCAUGCCAUUUUGACAGAUUCAGAUCUGUUCAUUUUUAGAAGUCUUUGGUUUUACAAAAUUGUAAAAUAUAUGUAAGUAGACAGAUUUAAAAAGUCAUUUCAGAUUUAGAUAAUUGCUCUGAAUAUAGGACAGUAUUUGAAGACUUUUGUGUGUAUGUGUGUGCAUGUGUGUAGACCUACUUGUAAGAUACCCACAUAGGAAUUUGUAAUCUAAGCUUUUUUAAUUAAUCUAAACAAAUUCUUGGAGAUAUUUUGUACUAACAUAGUUGAAAGUGACAUUAUAUAUAUAUAUAUAUAUAUAUAUAUAUAUAUACAUGUCAAAUUGUAAAUUUUUUCAGCUUAUUUCGAAAAUGACUUUUAUUGAUAUCACAUUUAGCUGCAAGAAAAAUUUACAUUACAUUUACAUCAUGUUUAAAUGACAGAAUAGUGAUGAGAAUAAAAGCAUAAAUUAGUAUUAGUAUAUAUUUGAUUGUUGACAUAUUUUGUAAUUUGUACUUGAAGCUGCAAAAGUACAUGUGUUACACUGUAUUUAUAUGACAGAAAUUGAUUAUAAAUUAUAUUAGCAUAAAAUUUUAGCAUAAGUUUAUAAUUAGCAUAAACAUGACAUUUAUGUUGCAGCAUGAAAGAGUGCUGUUAUAUAUAACAAGAUUAAAUAAAAAUAGAAUAAAAGAUAUUAGCAUGACUUAAUACUAGCAUAAAUUUGUUAAUUAACAAUUUGAUAGAUUAUCCUAUGUUGACAGUAGCAUAUAUAUAAACAAAGUAGGUUUGUUAUGAUGUUGAAUAUGAAAGAAAUCUGAUAUUGUUUUCAGUGUUGUAUUUAGCAAAGUUUUACCAUUUGAAAGAGUUUUUGGCAUGAGACUUUUAGAAUUUUAGUUAGAGAGAGAAGAGAGAGCUGAUGGUUACAUGAUGUCUUGUAUCUGUUAUUGCAACAGGGAGUUUACAUUUGAAUAUGUGUACAUGUGCUUGUUGUAAUUCCCUGUACUGCUACCUAUUGUUUGACGUUGUGGGAAUGAAAUAAAGCCAUUACAUUAAUUUGAUAACAGACUAGUAUAAUAACAUAAAUUUGAUAAUAGACUAGUAUAAUAAAGCUCCGACAUUGACGUUUUAUGUAUAGGAGACGUUGGUCGCAUUUACUUUGUCUAUAAUUGGUAAAGAAAGAAGAGAGUUUGAUGUUUCAACAGGAAAAGCUUACAUGUAAUUCAAAGAAUAUUACAUUUGUAUCUUUCCACAUAUCUUUCCACAUUGAAUUUAUUAAACUUGUUGAAUAAAAUUGAUAAAAUGCUUGGCAGAGCCUCGCGUUUUAUUAUUUUAUUCAACUCGUUUAUUAAAUUCAGUAUGAAAAGACACUCAUCUGAUGUCCUCUAUUUAUCAGCCAAGAUUGUUCAACAAGUUUUUCUUUUAAUCAAUUGAGUGGCUUUAAUACACAUAUUAAGUUUUGAGUUGAUGUUUAUGGCAAUGUUUGGUUUAAUUUUUUAUAUGUGUACAUGCUUGCACAAGUAUGAAAUUUUAACACCUAUCUUUUUUCCAGUUUAACUACACAAUGUUUUGUAUAAGAAACUUUUCUUAGAUUGAAUUAAGUUGAAGGUUCUAAGGAAGUUGUUCUGUAUAUAGCAAAGUACAUGAACAAUUAGACUACAUUGAUGUAAUGUAACAUUAUAAACCAGAGAUUUGUUAAACUGUUAACUAACCUGUAUUUUCUCUUUACCAAGGUCUGUCUUAGUUCUUCCAGGGACACACAAUAUUACAAUAUUUGUCUCAUAUAAUUUGACGACUUAUCAAUGAAAAAGCUUUUUUUGCUUUAAACGCAGUAUGCAUUUAGGCGGUUGAUUCUAGGGUUAUACCAGAUUUUGUGAGAAAAUAUUCAGUAACAGUUCAGUUUAUUAUUGCUUUUUUCUGACAAAGCAGGAUCUUUGAUUUAUUAAAAUUGAAACUUGCAGAUAUGACAUAUUUAAGAAAUAACAUAUACAAAACAAUUUUGUUGUUUAAUAAAAUUAUAGUUUGUCGUUCAGAUGUAGAGGAUUUGUAUAAUAAGGGCAAAGUCCAAGUGAUAUGAUAAUACACAUCUGAACAACAAUGAUUUUAUUCUUAACCUUUACCUUGCUAAAUUUCUAUAAUGGACUGGUCCAUCAUCCGGUUUGGGCAAUGCCAUUUAUUAUUUGAAGGGUGUUCACUGAAAAUUUACUGAUUGAAUAGCGAACAGUGCAGACCAUGAUCAGACUACACUGAAGUGCUUGCUGAUCUUCCUCUGCACUGGUCACAAAGGCAGAACCACUUGCCGACAGCAGGUUAAGAAAAUCAUUAUUUCAAUUCUAAUACAAUUCUACAUCCUUGAGGAUAUACAUCAAAUAUUUACCUGAUUUGUUUUUGGCUUUCCUCCGCAGCAUAAUGACAAUGAUUGUGACAUACAGAUAAAAGACUGAACAGAAAAUUAUCAUAACUCAAUGAAUUUAAGAACAAAUUAAACCAUUGUGAUGGUGAUUUUGUUGCUUCAGUCUUUGUUGGAAAACAGAAAAACUGGUCAUGUUAGCAUUGAAAAUAAACCACUAGGAGGAUUGUAAAACAAUUGCUGAUGUACUUUUUUGUAAUCAACAUGUUCAGCAUUUUCAAGAGACUGUAGAGGAAAGAUACUAUUUACACCAUAGCUGAAUUUGAAAUUCUGUAUGCUGAAUGUCGCAUACUGGUAUAUUGCUGCAACCUGAGUGUCAUAUUUUAAGCCGAUCGCCACUUUUGCAGUAAGUUAAAUGUCUCUACCAAAUGUUAGUGUAUUAAAGUCUUCUAAAUGAAGCUUUAUGUAAUUUACUCCAGAUCUGUACAUUAUAGAUUAAAUAAUUUUACCAAGAACUGAAGAUGAAAACUAUAUUAUUUAGGAUACAUGGUGGAAGUUUUAUGGAACUUGUUUUCUGUCGUUAACUUUUGCAAUAUUUGGAGAAGUGCUUUUAUAUGUCUGAAAAUAUUUGUUAGUCAUUAUCUAUAUUGUUGAACUCUUAAUAAACAUGUCUUUACA